UAGGGCUCAAUUAAGAGACCAUGUCCGCCAUCGGCCGUCUGCAGUCUUUGGUCUCCUUAUUUAAAGCAAAUUCUCCAUGAAAUAGCAUUAUCCCGUGGCCUCGAGGAUGGCCAGUUCGGGUGCCGUUCAGGUUAAACUAGAACUCGGUCACCGUGCCCAGGUUCGAAAGAAACCCACCGUAGAAGGUUUUACGCACGACUGGAUGGUGUUUGUCCGUGGACCAGAGCACAGCAACAUCCAGCACUUUGUAGAGAAAGUAGUUUUUCAUCUACACGAAAGUUUUCCAAGACCAAAAAGAGUGUGCAAGGACCCACCAUAUAAAGUGGAGGAGUCUGGAUACGCCGGCUUUAUCCUUCCCAUUGAGGUUUACUUCAGAAACAAGGAAGAGCCGAAGAAGGUGCGUUUCGACUACGACCUGUUCCUGCACUUGGAGGGCCACCCGCCAGUCAAUCACUUGCGCUGCGAGAAGCUCACGUUCAACAACCCGACGGAGGAGUUCCGCAGGAAACUGCUCAAGGCUGGAGGGCAGAGGGACCCUCACCGAAGAGGCUCAGAGGACUCCAAAGUUAUGGUGAUGCAGGAGGGCUCCACGUCUCUGUUUGGUCAGCACCUGAAGCUGCCUACCUUGCCCAGCAGCUCACUGACACUGAGCUUCUCUGAUGGCAAAAAGAACAAGUCCUUCCUGGGGUCAAAGGACGGGUCCAGAAGCGCCAGCGCCCUCACCAUCACCACCAACAGCAUGAGCAGCGGUGCCUCCCUCAAGCUCAGCAAACCAUCCAAGGAGCACAAGGACAAGCCUUCCAAAGACUCGAAAGAGUCCAAAAGUGCCUUCAGAGACUUUGGCAGGGACUCAGGCAAAGUCUCCAAAGACUCAUCAAAGAAACCCAAAGAGAACCAGCCACUGCGGGAAGAGCAGGCUAUCCCCAAGUUGGGCUUUAAAGAGCCCAAGGCCAUGUCUAAGGAGCACCGGGCAAAUGAGGGCAGCUUCUCAGGGCUGGGCCAGGCCAAACGGAGGCCAGCGCCAGAUGACGAUGGCCAGGCCAACAAAAAGCGCAAAGGAAGCUUCUUGGAGCCGCCGCAGAAGAUGCAGGGCUGCACUGGCCUGGUCCAGCCACACCACUCUGAGAAGAAGGUUGUGAAGGACAAAACACAGGCGCGACAGGCAAAUUUACGGGACAGCGAGCUGGCCGAGAGUAGGAAGGCGUCCACGUUGCGUCAUUUUCAGGAUGCAACAGACCUGAAUGACUCUGACAUGGAUGACAACAUUUCUACCAAAUCGGAUUCAGAGCAGCCCAGUCCAGCCAGUUCCAGCUCCAGCUCGAGUUCAGGCUUUGCACCCCAGCACAAGCGCCAAGCGCUGGGCCCUUUGCAGACGGUGAUUCCCGAUUUGCACUCGGACGACAAUGAGGAGGAGUCCGAGGAGGAGGAAGACAACGAUAUGGACUCAGACUUGGAGCGGACCCUGCACGCGCACCUGACGCACCGCCAUCGCAGAGUGAGUUUGAGUGAUGGUAGCGACAGUGAGAACAGCUCCGCCUCUUCUCCUCUCCCACAUAAUGAGCCUCCACCUCUCCUCAAGGCCAACAGUAACCAGAUAGAAGUAAAGAGUCCCAUGAAGCAGACUAAAGUAGACAAGAACAAGAAUAUGGACUGUGACAAGGCAUACUUGGACGAACUGGUGGAGCUCCACAGGAGACUGAUGGCAUUGAGAGAGCGGCACAUACUGCAGCAGAUUGUAAACCUCAUCGAAGAAACUGGACAUUUCCACAUCACAAACACGACUUUUGACUUUGACCUCUGCUCCUUGGACAAAACCACGGUCCGCAAGCUGCAGAGCUACCUGGAGACAUCCGGCGCGUCCUGAGGUCCUGAGGUCCUGAGGUCCUGUGCAGCUGGCUGCCCCGAGCAGGAGCUCAGGACCUCCCCGUCCUCCUUGUCCUCCGGUUUUGUCUCCUGGAAUCUGAUGGCUCGCGUCGGAUCACCUUUGCCCAGAGCUCCUUUCCUCUCUCUGUGUUCUUCAGAGCUGGACGUGAUGCGUCAGCCUGGACCCUUCUUCCUGUCCGCCAGGACGUCACCUGAAAAGCCUUGAAAAGUCCAAUGUUGCCAAAAAGGGGAGAAUAUCAUGCUACAAAAAAAAUGAAAGAAAAACAUGUGCAUAUUGUUAUUGCGUAUGAAUGUUUUAUUCUGUUCUUUGUGACGAAUGCAUGUUUCAACACUGCCUUACACCAUUGUCUAUUUAUUGAGUAAUGAGUUUCAAGUGUGUGUGUGUGUGUGUGUGUGUGUAGAAGAGCAAAUGAUAUUAAAUUCGUUCAAGCACUUGGGAACAGUCAUCUCAGUGGCUCUUUAAGGUGGUGGAGCAUGGGUCGUCACUUGCCAGUCUGACAUGCCUUUUAUCAGCGUGUAUGGGCAAAACAAAUAUCUUGUGUGUGCGAGAGGAUACUUUUGGACAGUUGAAGGCACUGUAAAACACUCUUGGAAGUUGGAAAGCUCCACCCUUGGUCUUACUGCUGUUUCCAGGAAAGGUGAUGUCUUUUGCAGGCACUCAUGGUGAGUCUUAGUUAUUGCACAUCAACAGUAAUGGCAGUGAUUUAUUUCAGUAUCAUAUUGAAACAAUUAUGGAGUUACACCUUUUGUGAAUCUGAGCAAAAAUAACUUUUUCUAGGCCAAAUAUGCUCUUACAGUAAGAAUAGGUCUCAGUAGAAAGCCUUUUUCAUUGAAUCUGUUGGUGUUAUUUAUUUAAUGGGGACCACGAUUCCCAUGGUUCUGUGCUGGUUGUCCUUAAACCAGUGGCAACUGGUUGUCUUUUUAGUUUGGGAAAACUGUUCUUUUUCUAAACUUAAAGAAAUCAAAGUUUACUCUGCAAAUCCUUGGGACUGUUCUUUUAUAAGAAACUUGAUUAAUUGUUAGAGGCCAAUAUGGGCAGAUUGUGCAGUUGAGCUGUAGGCCCAAUGUUCCAGUGAUGCUUUAGGGCAAGAACAGUAUGUUUAGUGAGGUUAUUUUGGGGUAUAUCAAUCCUAUCUGUAAGAGGUACAGAUAAACUGGGUGACGUGAUGAAUAUGGGGACUGAAUUAUUGGCACUGUGUAAAGAUGACAUAUGAAUUUUUCAUAAUUCUGCUUUUUUUUUUUUUUUUUUUUUUUUUUUUUUUUUUUUUUUUUUUUUGUUAUUUUGCUUAAAGGUUUUUGCAGAAUUAAUCAACCCCUUGUAAACCUUUUUUUUUCCUGUCUGAAUUUCCCUGAUUCAGUUUCUCGACCCAAAGAAUUUUUAGUUAUCAUGAUAUAAUGUUUAUGUGUGUAUAAACUUUAUAUGUGAUAAACUGAUUUAUCUUUCCUUUCUUGGAAGGUGUACUUAACUGUUUCUAGCUGAAUGUUCUUGAUCAUGAUACAAAAUCCAAGCUGA